CUCGAAGCCCCGCGUCGGUAGAUUUAAACCCACCGAAUCUUUCUCUACCUCAACCAUCUUUUCCCCUUCUUCACACACCCUUUUCCCACAUCCCCCCUCACAUCAUCCCCGUCCAAGAUGUCUCCCAACGGUAUCAACGGUAACGGCAUUGCCAGCCGCAAACACUACAACGAGGGCAACUUCCUCUUCACCUCCGAGUCCGUCGGUGAGGGCCACCCCGACAAGAUCGCCGAUCAGGUCUCCGAUGCCAUUCUCGACGCCUGCCUGCGGGAGGACCCCCUCUCCAAGGUCGCUUGCGAGACUGCCACCAAGACCGGUAUGAUCAUGGUCUUCGGUGAGAUCACCACCAAGGCCAAGCUCGACUACCAGAAGGUCGUCCGUGACGCUGUCAAGGACAUCGGUUACGAUGAUUCCGCCAAGGGCUUCGACUACAAGACCCUCAACCUGCUCGUCGCCAUUGAGCAGCAGUCCCCCGAUAUUGCCCAGGGUCUCCACUACGACAAGGCUCUCGAGCAGCUCGGUGCCGGUGACCAGGGCAUCAUGUUCGGUUACGCCACUGACGAGACCCCCGAGCUCUUCCCCCUCACCCUCCUCUUUGCUCACAAGCUCAACGCUGCCAUGUCCGCUGCCCGCCGUGACGGCACUCUCCCCUGGCUCCGCCCCGACACCAAGACCCAGGUCACCAUUGAGUACAAGCACGACAACGGCGCCGUCGUCCCCCUGCGCGUUGACACCAUCGUCGUCUCUGCGCAGCACUCCGAGGAAAUCACCACCGAGCAGCUCCGCAAGGAGAUCAAGGAGAAGAUCAUCAAGAAGGUUAUCCCUGAGAAGUAUCUUGAUGAUAAGACCAUCUACCACAUCCAACCCUCUGGCCUCUUCAUCAUCGGUGGCCCCCAGGGUGACGCCGGUCUGACCGGCCGCAAGAUCAUCGUCGACACCUACGGUGGCUGGGGUGCCCACGGUGGCGGUGCUUUCUCCGGCAAGGACUUCUCCAAGGUCGACCGUUCCGCUGCCUACGUCGGCCGGUGGAUCGCCAAGUCCCUCGUCAACGCCGGCCUCGCCCGCCGUGCCCUCGUUCAGCUCUCGUACGCCAUUGGUGUCGCCGAGCCCCUUUCCAUCUACGUUGACACCUACGGCACCUCGGAGAAGACCUCUGACGAGCUCGUCGAGAUCAUCCGCAACAACUUUGACCUCCGUCCCGGUGUCAUCGUCCGCGAGCUCAGCCUGGACCGUCCCAUCUACCUCCAGACCGCGAAGAACGGCCACUUCGGUACCAACCAGUCCUUCACCUGGGAGCAGCCCAAGACUCUCAAGUUCUAAGCUAGCUCGGUCUGGACUGAGAGCAGGAUUUCUUCAACAAGCUUCCUGCAUUGCAACGACCUAGACGUUUAUAAUAGUUUUGAUAUUCAUGCGGACAGGCACUCAACAUUGGCGUACGGUUCUCAACGAAUCCCGGUUUCAUGCCUUUUCGGGGUAAAGGCAAUACACAAGACACAGGGCGUGGUCUUCUGGUAGGGUCAUUUUUUGAUAUUGUCAAACGGUGUUAAAAACAAUCGGAACAAGGGAG